UCUAUCCUCCGUUCGAUACAGAAUUGGCAAAGAAAUCAUGUACAAUCAACAACCUCCUAAUCUAGGAUUUAUUGGACAUUCUAAUCAAAGCUAUUCACCAGAUCAGCAGAAUCCAUAUCCUCCGCCAGUUUCACCUAUAUUAUCAAACUAUCCACCAAAUUCGAAUACUGUCCCUCAACAACCACUUCUGAAUUUUCAAGCAAUGGGAGAUUUUCAUAACUCUGGACCUGGCUAUCCUCAACAAGGAUAUCCACCACAGGUUAGUGCUGGUUACCAACAACCCCAGGUAAGUCCUGGAUAUCCUCCUCAACAACCACAGAUAAGUCCUGGAUAUCCUCCUCAACAACCUCAAGUAACUCCUGGAUAUCCUGGUCAGCAAAUUAGUCCAGUUGGUCAGCCAGCUGUCUGUCCUACUGCUCCAGAUUUGAGUGGAAUACAACCUGUUCCUGGAUAUGAGGGAUUAACAUUUGAACAAACUACUUUAAUACCUCCCACUGUGCCUGAUUGGCAGCCUGGAGAACAUGAGAGACAGCCUGUCCAAAAUCUACCACGUUUCAAUGAGGAGGAGGUGCGAGAUGCUGUUACUCAGUUUGCUUCGGAGCACUGCUGUUAUAGCUCUGGUCCUGCCAGAGACAUGCAAGUGAGAGAGAUUCAUAUGUCCAGUGCUUUCCACUACAAGUUGGAAACUUUUACUGAAAAACGUCAGACAUCUUGGACCUUUGAACCAUAUAAUGGACAGCCGAUUGAUGGUCCUCAUAAUGGUCCAGCUCCUCGGCCUUGGGAUGUGCCAGCUGUCCCCAGUGUUAGUUUUGUUGAUUCAUUUGCUAAGAUUGAAGUGCCUCAUACUGCAUUCACAAAACCUUGUCAUACAUGUGUUGGAAAUGGCAGGAUUCGCUGUGAAACAUGUUUUGGAAAUGGAAGGAAACAAUGUACUUGGUGUAAAGGAAGAGGAAGAGUACAUCGAUUUGACAAAGAUGAAGUCUGCACAUCUUGUAACGCUACUGGAUAUGACAGAUGCUUCAAGUGUUCAGGAAGUGGACAAGUCAAGUGUAAAACAUGUGACGCUCGAGGCACUUUGAAGGGAUAUGUCGAGUUAAUAGUUACUUGGGCCAAUCAUGUUGAUAAUUACAUUUCAGAAGUUAAGUGCAUGCCCAAGGAAUUAAUUCUAGAAGUCAGUGGACAGAAUGCUUAUGAAGAAGAAAAUCCAAGGGUUUUUCCAAUUGUUCAAGGAGCAGAGCAAGCUGUUUGCAAUGCAUCCAGUGAUUUAAUUCGAAAGCAUGGCAAUGCCUUUACAAAUGAGCGGAUUUUGAAACAACGCCAAAGUUUGCGUAUUAUUCCUGUCGCUGAUGUAAAUUUUCAAUGGAAAAGUAAAACUGAUAGGUUUUGUGUUUAUGGUUUUGAACACAAAGUAUAUUUUCAAGAGUAUCCACAAAAAUGUUGCUGCGUUGUUUCAUAAAAGGCUUACCUUAAUAUUCAAUUUUUAUUCAUUGUUAAAAUGGUUGUUGUAAAAGCCUAAAAAAUCAUAUUGUGAUUGUUAUAAAAUUGAUUUAUUUUUGUGAUUGUAAAAUUCUUUUUCUUUUCUGUUCUAUGGAAAAAACUAAUAGUAAUACAAAAACAUUCUCUUAUCUAAAAGCUUUAGUUUUGAACUUCUUUUUCUAUCUUUUCUAUUGCCACAAUUUUACAAUGUCUGGUUAAUUUUAAUGUGAUGUGUGUAAUGUGUAAAGAAAAAACUGAUUUAAAUUUGUGAUUUUUGAGAGAAUUAUUUUUCUAGUCUAACUUUUUAUUUUAUAAGAUAAGUCUAAAUAAUGUAAUAUACUUACUUUAAUUUUAAACUACUUACCAUCCUUUAUUAAUUCAUUAAAUGUUUAUUUGUUAUAUUAUUUUUUAAUGAAAACUAUUUCAUGAUUAUUUUUUUCACUCUAUGUUAUGAAACAAAAAAAUCAGUAUUUUACAAUCAUUACAUUUUGUCGAGACCAAUAUUUGACAAAUAUUAUUUUUUGUGUGUGUGUCUGUGCUAAUAAACAAAUCCAGAUUUAAAAAAUAAUAAUUUUAUUUCUAAAAAAUCGUAAAAGAAGUUAGUUUUAAGGUAACAGUUUCAUUAUGCAAGAAAAAAGAUGAAAAACGUAACAAAAAGUUGCUUGCAAUUUAUUUUUCCAUUUAAAAGUUUAAAUGUAGAACUUCUUUAGCUUGUAAGUUACGUAAACAACUCUUUCAGUUUGUGGAUCACCCUAUAUGUUUCUUAUAAACUCUGAAGUGCCAGUUCAUAUGAUAUUUUAUGUGUUGUUUUUUAAUAAAAUUUUGCUGAAUGAAAAAUUCCUUUAAAAGUGCCUCAAACUGUAAUGCUAAGUACCUAACUCAUAGUCUGCAAUUAGUGUAAAAACAAUAUAUCUUUUGCAUGAAGAAAUCUAAUCUUACUUUUUAAGACAUAUUUCUUUGUAUAAAAGAAUAAGAAUAAUUUUUUUGUCUUUAUAUGAAAGCUUUGAAAUGUUUUAUUAUGAGCAAAUUAUUUUCAAAAAUCAAAAUUAUCUUGAAUAGGGUCAUAUAUUUCUACUUAUACAGUUUUAUGAAGAAAAAAAAUUUCUAAUCAACCAUUUUUAUCAGUAUUUUGAUAUAAUAUUUAAUUACAAUUUUAAGUAAAUGAAAAUUCAUUGUGAGGGGAUUUAUUAUUUUUAUAAUUAAGGAAAAAAUAGAAUAUAAUUGAUUUAUAAUAAUUAUUUUCUAGUGCUGGAAUAAUGUAAAUAUAAAUUGAUUUAUAAUACUUAUUCUUAAUAUUAAAACAAUUGUCACAAACUUAAAGUGCAUUUUAAUUUUUUUUUAAAUAUAUAUUUCAUACCAUCAGAAAUUUAAAUAAAUUAUUUUUAACUCUUAAAUCAUAUUUUUAAUUAUAAAAUAAUUUAUUGUGGUCACCUUGGAAAAAUUUUGAACUUUUGAUUUUGAAUUUUUGUUUCCUGAUUGUUUUGUAUUUGUAACUCAUGUUUUGUUUCCAGAAAUUGAAACCUGGUAUAAAUGGGAUCAUAUAUUUUAUCAUAAAAAUUUUUUAUUGAACUAAAUGUUAUUUUAAAAAAAAAAUUAUUAUAAGCUAUUACAAUAUUAUUUUUUAAAUUAGAAAUAAGUAAUAAAUUGUGUCACAAUUAUUUAUUGAUUUGUAUUUGUUUAUAAAAAUCUCUUGUAUUUUCAAAAAUCAUUACUUUUUUUAAAUCCUAUUUUCAGUUGAAAGAAAAUACAUAUUUGGAAACAAAUAUUUGUUAAUUGAGCUUGUUUUACCAUGACACUUAUAUCUCUUACAAUUGCAAUUAUAAAUGAUAAUUUUUUUCUGUAAAAUGAAUUGUCAUUUUAAUUGUGAGCUAUUACAAAGUGUUUAAUAUCUACUGUAAUUUGCAUUUUAUGAUUAAUGACAUUAUUUUAUUUAGUUAUGUUUACAUUCAUGUGAAAUGUUCUCUGUAUUAUCGAAUGGUUCCCUUUGUAUAUGCGUUAUACUUGUUGAGCAAUAUUUUUCAAUGGAAAUUUUUUUUACAAGUUAUAGUUUUCAUAAAUGUUUUAUGUGCUUACAUUAAAAUGUACUUGUAUUGAAUUAAAAUCUCCUUAUAUUGGAUAAGAAUCUUAUUUUUACAUCAUGUUUAAAAAAUAUAUUUGAAAGAAAAUCGAGAAAAAUUUAUGUGAUGUAGACUUGCGAAAGAGCUGCUAGUUGAGGACUUAGCGUUCAUUGGCUUUUUUUUAUAUUUUUAAUGAUACCCUUUAAAUGCAUUUAAAUUAUUUCAGAUAAUGGACCCAAUUUUCUCUUAAAAGAACCUCUGAUAAACAUGAUUUUAGAACACAAUUAGAGUUCAAUUUCUUUUUGUAUUGUUUAAAUAACCCUCAGUGUCAGGGACAGAAAAAGCUGCAUUUAUUUAUUUUUUUAAAUUUAGUUCAUUUUAAAGUAUUUUUAAGUCUGUGCAAAUUUAUUAUCCUUUAUUUUUAUUCAUUUUCUUUUUCUAUUGCAUAUUAAUUAAUACAUUGAACACAAGCCGUGAUGACAACAUCAUUUCAUUAUUUUGAGAACUUUAGAAAACCAAUUAAUCGAUAAUCUUUGCUAAAUUAAAGAGGAGUUCAAGACACCUCGAUUCGAAUCCAUAUAAAAAAGCUAUCAAAACAAACAUAUUGACAAUUAUUCAAAAUAUUAAUAAAUCCAUGUUUUUAAAGAACAGAAUGGAUACAGUUUGUCACCUUAUUAUGAAUAUGGAAUUGCUUAUGUACAGAAAAGUUGAACGAAUCAUAUCUACUGAAUUGCGUCGCAUUUAAUAUGUAUAGAAAUUUUCGGAUUCUGUCCAGGACAAAUAAAUUUGCUACUGUUAAGCGGUUCCUGAUACCUUCACAAAUUCAAUUUUAGGAAAAACAAUAGUUUUACAAAAUUCUUUUUAAAAAAGCAAGUUCUAAGAUCCCGCCUCUUAAAAUUUUGUUUUUGUAACGCCGUACAAAGCGAUAAAUCCCAGGUUAAUUACACAUUUCAACUUGCAAUGUAAUCCCCCCCUGCAGAUUGCUAUUAUGAUGUAGGGGAAGAAUUCGCUACUUAGAUUAGUGCUUUUCCUCCUCAUGCCUGGCUGAGAGCGUGCCAAGAUCCCAAAACGCUGUGGGAGAAAAAGCGUUAGCGACUGUGAUCCUUAAUUACGGUGAAAGAAAAGUUGAUAGUACCAUGCAACUCCUCCCUCGCUGCAACCUAUGAAAAUAAAGGAGCUUUUCCGUCAGCUGCCUUCUAGGAAUAAGUAGCACGUGGUUGGUCAGUGAGUACAGUGUGGUAUGCCUAUCUGUUCUUUAUGCCAUGUUAUAGGAAGCUUUUUUUCUCGCAAAGUUUUUUAAAAUUGAAUGACAAGGCGCUCCCUCUGUAAACCUUACAGGAGGUGGAAAUUCAAACUAUUAUCUUAAAUGUUAUUCUAAUAGGCUUUUAUUUUUUUUAUGAAAUUUUUUUUCUGUUUGAAACUUUUUUCUGUAUGAACCAGUCGAAAUUGGACAAUGAUUUUUAAGAAUUUUUAAAUUAGGAUACAAUUUAAGGCCAACAAUUUUACGGUAGCAAAAUUGUUUUUAAAUGUAUGGGGAAAUUUACCAGUCAUAAAUGAUUUUAUUAGUACUGACAAUUUUUUUAAAUAUUUUCUUUACUUAACCAUGUUUUCUUUUGAACUUAAAGUAAAAGUAAGUGAGUAGGAAAAAUUGGCAUUAAGUAUUGACUUGAGAGACUCCUUCAUGUGUACUACAGCAUAAAUAACUAAAAUACAUUCAAAUUUAUUAUUAUUAAUUAUCUGUAUAAAGUUAUUAGUAUAAUAGUCUAUUUUUUAUGAGUUAGCAGUAGUAAAUUAUUGCAUUAUAAAUAUAUAUAUAUAUAUAUAUUAUUUUUUCAUUAAUCUUUGUCUUAAUUCAUACUUAUAAAUAUUUUAUUUCUACUACUACUCGGGAUUAACUGAGUUCAACAACGAAGCUUGUCUGAGUAUGUUGAUAUUAAAAUUUUAUUCUGUUA